GCCUACCUGUGCCAUUCAUGAUUCAUGGCGAGAUCUAACCUAUAGUCACGUGGUGGCUGGGACAGGGGAGGUCAGUAUAUAGUGCUCAGACAAGGAGAGUUAGUCGCAUUAUCAUAGCUGGCAGCUCAGUGCAUCACUUUAGUCCACUAUGGGUAAUACUACAGGAAACCUGUUGGAGGGUGAUGUUCACUGUCAAACUUCUCCAGUGAAGCCUGAUCAUAACCUAAUGUCUUCCAAGCCAGCUUUGAUAAGAUCUCUAUCCCAAGUUAGCAACAAGUCAGCAAGUGAUUUGAAAAAUCUGUUGGUGAAUUCUAAGCCAAUAUCUAAGCUCCGAAGAUCCAAAACUGAGCACGUUAUUCGUAUGCAGUACACUGGUUGUGGGAUGGAAUCUAACUACCCCAGCUACUGUAUUGAUCGCCAAUGUCUGUAUGAUUUUAUGAAGAAGUUGGAGAUUGAAUCAAAGCAAGAUAAUGCUAGCAUCAAGGAGGGUUUAGUUUCCAGAGCAGUUUUUGAGAAAGCAUUCAAUGGGCCACUGCAGACUCUGGGCAAAUUGCUGUUUUCCACUAUCCAGCAAGCAGAGAAGAGCCGCCAUGAUGCUCCAGAACACAUCAGUGAACAGCAGUUCAAGAAAGUCUGCAAAGAAAUACUGCAACUGUUCUCUGAAGAACAACACAUGAAAUACUACUUUAAGCUAUUCAGUAAAGGAAGAGAUACACUUGCCAAAGAAGAUGGUCGUCAAAUGGUGGAGGUGUCAUAUACACUGGCACUGGCUGCUGCACACCUUCCCUACCAUAAAUGUGAAGAUGAUGAUCCUGUCCUGGAGGCACUUGUCAAGAGCAUGUUUGGCUCCCGUGACAGCAUGACCUAUGAGCAGUUCUGUGUCUGGAGUAAUCGGCACUGCCCACAUAUAUUCAGUGGUGUGCACAGCUGGCUCAUGGAUAUCCUUACCAGACAUCCUUCUGGAUUUCACAAGCAUGAGACUCCUCCCUCAGAUUUGAAUGAAAUGCUGGCUAAGCAUGGCCUCCUGACCUUGUCUACACUGUGGGCCCUGUCCUGCGUCCUGCCACAGUGCUAUCUCUCCAAACAUGCCAAUAUCAUGGAUCUCCAAAUGUCACCAGUUGCUCUAAUGAAUAAACUGGUACAUGUCACCAAAAUUCAAAACUGGACGGAGCUAUAUAACAGUAGUGAACAUGGGCUUAGCUUUAACAGGUUCCAAAACCAUGUGUUUUCCUAUAAGGGUCCCACCAUAACUCUAUUGUCAUUUGAGGGCAAGAAUGUGUACUGUAUAGCUGCUGAUGAAGAGUGGAAAGAGAGUGAUCAGCGAUGGGGAGGAUCAGACUGCAUGGUCCUCCAAGUCUUGCCUCACUUUAAUAUGCUUCAAGGUGGUGAAAAAAUGAUGUUUGUGAACAGCAGUACGCGUGGACUUCCCUAUGGAAUACAGGUGGGACAAAACCACAAAUCUCUGGUGCUAGAAAUCUGUGAUGGAUUGUCUAAAGUAAAAAACUAUGGCAGAGAAGCUGCAACAGUAAGGAUAGAGGUAUGGGGUUGUGCAGGUAUAGCCAUGAAACAAGCUCAGCUCAAACAGCGUGCCUGGGAAAAGAAAGAAGCUGAGAAACUUUCCCAAAGAAAGCUGAAUCUAGAAUCCUGGGCUGAGACUCCAGACAGGCAACUACUGGAAUUGGUUGGUGUCAGGACAAAAUAUUCAGAAAAUUUUGUAAGACCAGAGGACAGUGACUGACAACAACCAUGAGUGUACCAGACGUCUAGUUGUAAAUACCACUAUAGAAUAUACAGGUUCAACAAAACCAUUGUUAUGGAUUUAAAAAAUGGAAAAGGCCUUUAGGUGCAAGGCUGAAUAAUACAUAUAAUUGUGUGCUGCUUCCAAAUUAUUACCCAUACUGGAAUGGUUAUAUGUCCAUUUAAUAGACCAUUCAGUCUGGAGACAGUCAUGCACUUGUAAUAUGGAAGAAAUUGUUUUGAUUUUUAUCACUAGGUCACUUACAAGAUUUUUACUUCUCCAUACUGUAAAAAAAUGUAAGAAAACUAAGGACUUCAUUAUUUAUGAGGUUGUAUACUUAGUUUAAUUUAUCUACACAGCUGAGUCUGAUAUCAGAUUUUAUUACUAUUAUUAUAGUGCUGCAUACAUUUAUACUUUCUUUCUGUUAUGUAUUUUUUAAGAUGACUUCAAUAUAUUAACAUUUAAUUACAUCAAUUCAUAAAGAUUCUUUUGCUUCUUGCCCAUUCUUAAAGUGUUGGAUUUGGAUUGGCCACAGUAAGUGUAGUAUAUGUAAAUACUAAGUGUAAACUCUGUACAUAUGACGUAAGUGGUGCUCAUGCAGUGCAUGAGGAAGGUCAGUGAAGAAUAAAAUUUGUAACGGAUAUUUGGAAUUGCUUUGUUUUUCUGCUUCAGUUAUGUACUUAUGUGAGUACUUCUGUGUGCUGCAUUUACAUUCUUUUUUCCUGUUUUUGUUGAUAUAGUGACAUAUUUGAUACUGAAAAUUGUAUUUAUUGGUUUUAUGAGUCAUUUUUGCAAGGCUAAGUGAUUCCUGAU